GCAAAGAAAUUUGUGAGCGUGUGUGUAUACAUGUACGUACAUAAACAGAGAAUAUGCAAGAAAGAAAAUAACAACAAAGAGAAUGCAAACAAAAAUCUGUCAUCUUAAUACCGUCAAACCUGGUCAGCUGUUAACGGCUGUUGCUGCGUGAGACCACCUUUUUUUUAAAUCCAAUUUGUUAGCGACUGUGAUUAUGCUUUCCUUGGGCGUUAAGGCUGGUACUACAUUCUUUUUUACGGAGAAAUUUCCGAAUUUAUCGGCUGGUUACGAGCGUGUGUACACACAAAUAUGAGUGUAUGGGUCGUACUGAAUUUCAAGUGUUUUUGUAAUUUCAACAAAAACCACCCCUUCGUAAUUAAUAUAUAAUGAAACACAAAACAAUUUAAAAAGAGACAUAUGCAGAAUUUAUUAAUAAAUUGUAAUUAGAUUUUGUAGUAUUUUCACUGCUAUAAGUUAAAUAAGUGCAACUUUCCAAAAGCCUUUGUCAGCAUCUUCCACUUUUAUCCAAAUGUUGUUGUUGUAACUGCAAGACCAAAAGCGCAACACUUUAUUUCACAAACCUUAUAAUUUCCUACAGAUUGAUUGGGUUGCAUGUUGUGAAAGAAAAAUGUAUUUUUCUUUCGAGUAUAUUUACAUAUUUAAAAAAAUACUUUCUUAUUUAUGCAUCCACAAACAGUUUAUUUUUUUCCAACCAGAGUACAUGUGAGCAAAAUCGCUAACACUUGCGACUGUGGUUGUGCUUUCAAUGGGCGUCCCGAAAUGUAAAUUUUCCCAAGAUGAAUAAAACAAGUUAUGACGAAAGAACACAUUUCGGCAAAUUUUUCUGUUAAUUUUUUUUAUAUGGAGUUUCAACGCGAAAACCGAAUAUAGUACCGGCCUUAAGAAAAUGACUUGUUGCUCAGCGACUGUGGUUGUGCUCUCAAUAGGCGUCCUGAAAUGAAAAUUUUCCCUAGAUGAAAAACAACUUAUGACGAAACGAACACAAUUCGGCAAUUUUUUUUUUAUAUGGAGUUUCAACGCGAAAACCGAAUGUAGUACCGGCCUUUAUGGUGAAAUGAAAACAUUUCAGCUAUUUUUUUACUUUUAUAUGGAUUUUCACCCCUAAAAGCGAACGUUGUACCAUACUUUAGGUUAUAAAAUGAGAAGUAAAGUACGAAAAAAUUAAAUAACACCCAACAAAAGAAAAAAUCAAUUUACCGUUUUUGGCAAAAGCAGUAAUCAACACGUUCACACGAUGAGUACGAUCUUGAUGUGCAUUAUGAAAGGCUUAUGAUGUGUGCACGGCCUUUAUGUGAACGAUAAAAUGGCAACGCUGAGCCCGAUAAAUUUCGAAACAUAUUCCAAUGAGAUAAACAAUAACAAAUAGCGCUAUAUAACGGCAAUUUUCGAAUUUUCAGUCUCUGUCGAAGUUUGUGGAAUUUUAAACGCUUUAAACUUGCGACCUUGUACCUGGAGACACGAACAAAUUUUAGUUGUUAGAAGAAGUGUUAGUUUUUAUUUAUUGAAGAUAUUCUGCAUUCAAAUCGGAAGUAGUUAAUGUUUGUAUUCUGAAAACUCAAAUCAAAUUGUAAACAACAGUAGGAGUUAUUCGUAUAAUACUUGUGGAACAAAAUAUUUAAGAAUGUCAUCUUGCAAUGAUACAAUUUCUUCUAUUGGUGAAAAUCAUCAAGAAAAUGGCGCUGGCGCCAUUCAGUUACCUGUUGAUCAAAACAUGAUUGGAAAAGCGUAUAAAAAAGUGUCGAUGCCCUUAGAGAGGAAGGAACUAGUUUCUACACCACCGCCACCACCGCCGCCAACUCCAAUUCAGCAUAAAAUCACAAAAAAUUCAGAUUGUACUGAUGUAGUGCGUGAUAAUUUGGAUUAUGAUGUUGACAAAUUGCAUGAAAUAAACCUUCCCGAAUCAUUGGCAAAUGAUAAAUGUCAAGAUCCAUGCGAGCCCCCGCCUCCUCCUCCAAUGCCACAAGGGUCCAGGAAAUUCGCACGCAUUUUAAAGACUGACAUCGGCCUUUCCAAUGCAAAUCUCAGUGAAGUUAAAUUAAAAUUGAAACCAGUUAACCCAGGAGAUUUGCAAAAGGUCAAAUUAAUUGAUGCUAAAUUUCAUUACUCGGAUUGUUUGGCCUUGAUGGAAAUUCCAAAGAAAUCGAAAUUACAAGAAAUGUUAAAAAUAGCUGAACGUGACACUAGAAUUCAAAAACUCAAAGAAAAACAAAUAAUCACGAGAUCUUCGGUUAUAUCCGUGGCCAUACCUUUACCGCCACCGGCCCCACUAUCCAUUGAUAGCAAAAACGAAUUGUUUGGUGUGGAACUUGAGGGCAGCACUGAAGUAGGAAAGAAGACAUUGGGAAAUUGUCUACAGCAACAAAGUUGUCUUCACCACCACCACCAACAUGACAAUCAAAAUGAGGAAGAGGCCUUGUCUUUGCAAGUUUUGUCUGCUCGAUCUUCUACACCUUACACACAGCCAAUGUCUUGCACCGCCGCUAGUUGCGAUUUGGAAAAUGUUGGCGAACAUGUGAGUCCUGUCAAGGAUAUCCACGGGAACAUUUCAAAACAAAGUAUACCGGAGUUAACAGAAAAACUAAAAAGAACGACAUUGUUAAUAUCAAAACCCGUUUCUAACUUUACCGAACUUUCUACGACAAGCGCUUGCUGCAAAAAAAUGCGUUAUAAUCGAGCAAGUCUUCUUGUCAUUCGGAAUGAAAUGUCUGCCGCGGUCAAGUCUAAACAAGAAUUGUUAUCCUAUAGUCCCCCAAACAUGAUAAAUUGUGAUGUGAUCGAGUUGGAAGCUCGUCUAAAACGCUUUGCUAUUUGGAAAGCUGCUGAUACCGAUGCCACUUUAACUGUGUUGGGCAAGAGAAAUGUAAGCAACAACAAUCACGAGUCUAAUAAUAAAAAUUUAAAACCUCGUUGCAAUGACAUGAUGCCAGCCUUCGUUAAACGCAAAUUUAUGGAUGAAUCGAUUAUAACAAGCCAACCACCACAGCCGGUAGAAUUUAAGGAUCCAGCAAUUAUAACAAAUCAACGUCGGAUUGGAAGUGGACGUAUACAGCAUGCAAAAUGGCCAGUUAGCUCUCUAUCGCAACAACAAGAGUGCAAUCAACAAAACCACUCCAAAUUGUCCGAAUAUGCGCAAACGGAUGAUCAAAUUAAGAGUGAUGAAAAUGUUACGGUAAAGUUCAAAUUGAUGCAAUUCUUUGACAAUGGAAGUAUUUGUAGCCAGGAUGUGAAUAAAACACAUAAAUCGAGACUUCAUAAUACAGCAUCAAAUAGCCUCGAUACUGCUGCAUAUCAAGAUGAAAAUUUAAAGAACCGAACGGAUGUUGGUAGUGCUAACUAUGUGAAGCGGGUUAUGUCUGGAUUUCUUGUUGUGUCAAAUUCUAAGAAUCGAGAAGCUGAGAACAAAUAUGAACAGCAAAAUAAAAAUCAUACUGAAGAACCCGAGUGGUUUAGUUGUGGUCCAACUUCACGCUUAGACACAAUUGAAUUAUGUGGUUUCGAAGAAGACGAAGAACGUCAUUCGGUUAGGAGUUGCAGUCGUCCUAGCAAGGAAAGGGCAGAAGGUCUCAAACAUGAUGAUGAAACUAAAGAGAAUCAGAAACAACAGGCAAAUAAGAUUGAAUUAAAAUCCAAAUGGGAAAAACUUGAUAAACAUUACUUGAAAAGUGACGCAAAUAAUAAUAUUCACGCUCAUCACAAGGCUGCGACAUCAUCGGAAACUUCAAAAACAAAAUAUCAUCGUGACAGGAAGGUACUUCCAUUUCAGUACGAUCAUUUCUCAAGUAACUCAAAAUCAUCUCGGUCUUCUUAUAAUGCCUCAAACAUUCCUAAUUGUAACGGGGCCGAAGACAACAAUAAUCAUCAAUAUCAAAAUCAAAAUAGUAGUUCCAAAUUUUUGCAGUUCUUUGGCGGUUGUACAUCACAAUCUAAUUCCAAUGAUAAACUAGAUAGAAGUGGGUCGUCGAAUUCUUUGAAUGAUUUUUUCAAACAAGCAAUGAAUUCGCAAAACAAAACUGAUGUGCUGCACUCACAGAAGUUGCCCAAACCGCAAAACUCGCCAAACUUACGCCCAGCGUCUAACUUAAAUUUUGCAGAAAUUCCGUUAGUUGAUGAACUAGAAGCUAAAUGGCGACAGAACUCUUCUACCUACAAAACCAACGAAAAUACGCUCAACGAUUCUAACAACAAUAUCGUGAGUGGAGAUUCCGAAAAUUUCCAAAAGCUGAUUGGUCAAUUAAGCAACCGUGUCAUCAAUGUUGAUGCAACAAACUCGCCGCUGUUAAAACGUUCACAGCAAAAUAAGCAGCAUUUUUACAAUUUAUUUAAUGGUGAUAUAUUAAAAAAUCAACCGUUGCAACAACAACAACAAUUACAGCAGAAACCCCCAUUAACAACACCGCACACAUUGCAGACAAAUUCCCAUAAAACAAACGCUAUUUUGCAACAACAGCAAGCUACAUUGUUAGCAAAUUUACAGCUAAAGGCCAUCUUAAGUCGUCCCGAAGCUCAAAUUAUCCUGUUGGGCUUGGCAAAAGGAGAUAUUUCAAAGCAUGGUUUGUUUGUUCAACUGGCAAAUCCGCGGCUGCCUCAGAGAGAUCGAGAGGCUAUAACAGCUGUUCUGACAUUUACAUCAGCACAACAACAGCAGCAGCACUUCGAUAUUUUAUCCAACAACUUACUUGUUAAUCAGUUACAAAAUCUUCAAAAUUUAGCCAUCGUUCAGCAAACUUUAGCUGCCCAGCAACAACAACAACAACAGCAACAAUGUCAUGGUAAACGCGUCUCAACAAUGCAACCAAUGAGCCAGGAGGAGUUACAAACACAUGCUCAUCUAAUUAUGCAAAAUGCUCUGAUUAAACGAAAGAUUGAGGAGCAAACAAACGUUUUCGGACUGCAGAAAAUUUUACAGUUGAACGCUGCAGCCCAUGUAGCCAAACAGCAACAGAUCCAUAAUAGAAACACUUAUACUUCCUAUAAUCAGUACAAUCCGAAUGCUUCUCGUAAUGCACAGGGAAAUCGUCGUUUGCAAGCAUUACAAAAUCUGUUUAAUGAUUCCAACGGUAUGGUUGACAAUGUCCAACAGCAGCAAAAUAAUAAUUCAAGUGUUAGUGCUGGCAAUAGCAACCAUCGCUACAACCGCAGCAAUAAUAACCCAAAUCAAUACCGACGUUCGUCUGGCUCUUCUGGCCAACAAAUUAAAUUUGCCUCCGAUGUAGAAAAUAGUCAGCAAAAAUCCAAAAUCGCUGAACAUCAUCAUGAACAAAACGAAAGACCCAACAAAAUGCAUUCAGCACAGCAGCAGUCGCCUGCAAUUAUAACCGGAGGUGGAAAUGAGCAUCAUUAAUAAUUUAAAGCAGUUCACCACCUCUUCAGCUGGUCUGAUGGCCAUCGGCAUAUUCUCAACAUUAAUUAUAACCGUUGGUUAUCGAGUGCUUAU